ACUGUUCCUUACCCCACCACCUUCCCAGUUCUCUAUAUAAACCUCCUUAUACGCUGCAAAAUCCCAACACGACAUCCCAACCCGUCCGUUCCCUUUUCAUAUAUAUUCCCAUAACGUUUUUCCUUCUCCUGUAUAUCUAUCGGUUAACCAUUUCUAGCCGCUUCAUAUUGGUCCUCCGUAGACAUGUCUCCUUCAACGGCGAUAACUCGCGAGAGCAGCGAGGAGGGAGAUGAUGAUACACCAGAAAGCGACUACCUUUAUAAAGGUGUGAAACAGCUUUCUGAAAAUGGCCUUCACAGGGUCCCUCCUAGGUAUAUAUUCCCUGCCUCAGACCGACCCAAUACCAGCGUGGAAGAACAAUAUGCUCCCGAUUUAAAUCUAAUUCAGCUGCCCAUCAUUGAUUUUGGUGAGUUGCUAGGACCCAAUAGGCCCCAAGUCCUUCAUUCCCUCUCUCAUGCUUGUGAACACUAUGGAUUUUUUCAGCUGGUAAAUCAUGGGAUUCCAGAUGAUGUUCUGAGGAGAAUGAUGGAUGUGAGUUGGAGGUUCUUCGAUCUUCCUUACGAGGAAAGAGCCAGGUUCAUGACAACAGACGUGCAAGCCCCUGUCCGAUAUGGGACUAGUUACAGCCCCACCAGAGAGACAGUCUUUUGCUGGAGGGACUUCCUUAAGCUCCUGUGCCAUCCCUUACCUGAUUUCCUUCCCCAUUGGCCUCCUUCCCCCGUGGACUUGCGGAAAGUGGCGGCUACCUACGCAGAAAGAACCAGGUACUUGUUCCUAACGUUAGUGGAGGCCAUUCUAGAGAGCCUGGGCUUAGGAAUUGAGCAGCAAGCCAAAAAAGACGAGACAGAAGCAGAAGAAGAAGAAGACAUUUUAAUUAAAGGUUUCCAAGAUGGUAGCCAGAUGAUUGUGGCCAAUUACUACCCGCCAUGCCCAGAACCAGAGCUAACUCUCGGGAUCCCUCCUCACUCUGAUUAUGGCUUCCUCACGCUUCUCCUCCAGGACGAGGUUGGGGGCCUGCAGAUCCAACAUCAAGCCCAAUGGGUCACCGUUCGUCCUGUCCCCAACACUUUCGUCGUUAACCUCGGCGAUCACAUGGAGAUAUUUAGCAAUGGCAAGUACAAGAGCGUUCUGCAUAGGGCUUUGGUGAACGCGGCGAAGAGUCGAAUAUCUGUGGUGUCUCUGCAUAGCCUUCCGUUUAGCUGCACGGUGAGGCCGUCGUCGAAGCUCGUCAACGAGAUGAAUCCAAAGCUUUAUAAGGACACGAAUUUUGGCGACUUUCUCGAGUACCUUUCCACCAGAGAACUCAAGAGAAAGGAUUUUCUCGAGUCUAGGAAGUUACCGAAAUAAUGAACGUAACUAAUCUGUGACUGUAAGUAAUUCACCAUCCAGAAAUGGUAAAGAAGAAGAUACGGAACAUGGGUUCUGUCUCUUCAUUGUAGGGUACGGUCUUGAGAAAGACAUAUUGAUUACAUGCACACAAAGCCCUGCUGUACUAAUUACCAAAGAGGAAACAAAUAGAAGAGAAAGCCUGCCACGUGGAAAGAAUAUUUUCGGAUCAAUAAUGGUAACUUUUCUGGGGGCGCGCACCCACACAUAUUGAUAACUUUUUUUUUGGAGCGAUAUUGAUGACUUGAUACUAGGUACUAACACAGAUGCGCGCUUUCAAUUUCCUGUGGAUUGUCAGUCAUGUCACGUAUGUGUUGAAUCAGUGUGGUUUGAAAAUCAAUUAAACCAACUGCGUUUCAUAUAA